GUCUUCCCCACGGCACCACAAGUAUUUAGCAACUACUUUCUCUUCUCCGCAUGGAAGCGCCGGUCGAAUCUUCUUAUCUUAAGCUGCUCUGGGAUGAGGAGCAGGUCUGGGUCGCCCAUCAGCCGUUCCUAGUAGCCCAUGGCUAUCAGUUGCGCCCGCGAUAUCGCCCAGAUUGGACGCCGUCCUGGCCGGCGGACGGGACACCUGACUUUCGUUUUCACGAAGACGGGCUGGAGAAUGUCAAGCCAAGCACUCUCGAUGCGGUUCGGCUCAGCGAUGGCCAGAAGGUCGUUCUGAAAAGGGUCGAGACAAAUGGCAACGAACUGGCUAUGAUACGCUACCUUGACUCGCUUAGACAUGACCCACGCAAUCGUACGGUGCCUGUCCUCGAGAUCUUGACAAUGGAGGAUGCACCUUGGUCUUUUAUUGUCAUGCAGUACGCGCGCAUAUUCAUCUAUCCGCCCUUUCACUGUCGGCAAGAGUUCUUCGAGGCGAUGAGGCAGUACUUUGAGGGCUUGGAGUUCAUGCACGAGCAUAAUGUCGUCCACUUUGACAUUGCUAUACAAAACAUGACGAUGGAGGAAUCCCUCAUCGUUCCCCGAGGAUCACACUUCUGGGAUCAACGCACGCAUACUGGAAACUACGGGUGGUUUCGAUGGCGAGAUCGGUGCUCCGUGACGGAGCCCAUAAACUAUUACUACAUCGACUUCGGUCUCUCUUUAUACUUCCCAGAUGGAACAGCCACCGCACAACACACAGCCUUACUCAGAACGUUCCCCGAUUGUCCUGAGCUCUCGCUAACGAAGCCCUAUAACCCAUUCCGGGUGGAUGUGUACCAGCUGGGAUUGGCCAUGCGGAAAGCUAUCAAGGAUUAUCCGGACCUCCAAGCCUUCCGACCGUUAGCGGAUGAGAUGAUGAAGGAGGACCCCGAAUCUCGCCCCAGUCCUUCGGAAGCUCUAGCGAGCUUGCAUAAGAUCGCAGAAUCGAUUCCGCCGGCAGAGUUCCGAGCGCGAAUAUGGAAGAGAAAGACCAGCAUUUGGAAGAAGCUUUGUCGCUGGAUUUUCGGAGGGUAUUACAGGGAUUAUGCCUUUUUGGAGGACGAUUUUGCUUUGUAUGGUAAAUAUUAGGAAUAUGUACGAGAACGCUGCUUUUCUCGACUGAGGCACUUCUCAGCCAGGAUCAUGAUGUGUAAUGGGCAGUGCAGUUUAUGGUCCAGGCUCAUCGCUUGAAAUCCGCAAGGCUCGCUUUGGCCCGUCUUUGGCCCGUGCAAUGUGAUCAACAUGACGAACUCGCUCUCGUACUCGGAGACUCGGACUUAUAACCUGUCGAGGGGUUGAUCCACCAAGACCCACCACUGUCGCGUAACACGCGACGCUACAUAGUAUCGAUAGCGGAGCGGGAGG